UCUCUUCCUAUCCACUCUGGUCUCCCUUUCCUUUGCCGGCCAGCCCGCCCGUCUGCCUCGCCACACUUUAUCCAAAAAGAAAAAAACUCCUGCUUGCAAUGGCAUCCAGUUAUAAGACCAGCUCAUACACUGUGAGGAGCUCGGCUGCACCAAGGAACUUCAGCAGCAGCUCCUACUCCGGAUCAGGAGGAAUCAGCUCCCGCAAGACCUACACCGCCAGGAGCUCCUAUGGGGGUGGCAGCAGGGGCUUCGGAGGGGCCGGCAUCACCAGCUCCAGUGUCUACGGACUCAGCUCCAGCAUGGGCGGUGUGGGCAUGGGCUUCGGCGGUAGUAUGGGACUGGGACAGGCACCCAUUAGCGCCGUGACUGUCAACAAGAGUCUGUUGACCCCGCUCAACUUGUCCAUUGACCCUACCAUCCAGGCUGUUCGCACCCAAGAGAAAGAACAGAUCAAGACCCUCAACAAUCGCUUUGCCUCUUUCAUUGACAAGGUGCGUUUCCUGGAGCAGCAGAACAAAAUGCUCGAGACCAAGUGGAACCUGCUGCAGGGCCAGACCACCACGCGUUCAAACAUUGACGCCAUGUUUGAGGCCUACAUCACCAACCUGCGCAGACAGCUUGACAGCCUGGGCAACGACAAGAUGAAGCUGGAAGCUGACCUUCACAACAUGCAAGGCCUGGUGGAAGACUUCAAGAACAAGUAUGAAGAUGAGAUCAACAAGCGCACAGAGUGUGAGAAUGAAUUUGUACUCAUCAAGAAGGAUGUUGAUGAGGCCUACAUGAAUAAGGUGGAGCUGGAGGCCAAGCUGGAAAGUUUGACAGAUGAGAUCAACUUCCUCAGGUCCAUCUAUGAGGAGGAGCUGCGCGAGCUCCAGAGUCAGAUCAAGGACACGUCAGUCAUUGUGGAGAUGGACAAUAGCCGUAACUUGGACAUGGACUCUAUCGUGGCAGAGGUGAAAGCUCAGUACGAGGACAUUGCCAACCGCACCCGCGCUGAGGCAGAGACGUGGUACAAGACCAAGUAUGAGGAGAUGCAGACAUCUGCCAACAGAUACGGAGAUGACUUGAGGGCUACUAGGACAGAGAUCGCAGACCUUAACCGCAUGAUCCAAAGGCUGACAGCUGAGAUAGAUGGAGUCAAGGGACAGCGUGCCAACCUGGAGGCUCAGAUCGCUGAGGCCGAGGAACGUGGCGAGCUGGCAGUUAAGGAUGCCAAGUCCCGUAUCAGAGAGUUGGAGGAGGCCCUGCAGAGAGCCAAACAGGACAUGGCCCGCCAGAUCCGCGAGUACCAAGACCUGAUGAACGUCAAACUGGCUCUCGACAUUGAGAUCGCGACCUACAGGAAACUGCUGGAGGGCGAGGAGGACAGGCUGGCAAACGGCAUCAAAUCCAUUAACAUCUCCAAACAGAGCACAAGCUACGGCGGUAUGGAUGCCCUGAAGAGUGGCUACUCCAGCAGCUACUCCAGUUACAGUAGCGGCGGCGGCUACGGCAGCAGUGGCUACAGCAGUGGCGGAUAUGGCAGUGGCGGCAGCGGCUUCAGCGGUGGAAGCGGCUACAGCACCCAGAGCAAGAAGAACGUGGUCAUCAAGAUGAUUGAGACCAAGGAUGGCCGAGUUGUGUCCGAGUCCUCCGAAGUCAUCGAGGAUUGAGCUUGUAUAAUUUCGAGGCAAUUCAGCAUGCCCUGAGUUUCCUUUGCCCUUCUCUGGUAGUUUUUACAUUUACACUUCAACCCCCACCUAACUUUUUGUUAUUAACAUUUAUGAAGCUUGCAAGUCACUCUCCCACAGAGCCUUAAACAACAAGCAAUAAAGAAUCCUUAGGCUACCAAUGACCUGAAAGGGACCAAAGAAUCUACGUAUGUCUGAUACCUGAGUGUUGUCUCUGAAAGUGACGUUAAAGUGAAGGCAAAUCCGAAAUUUGAAUCUACAUAAAAGCUACUCCACUCACAAAGGACUGCUCUCCCUGUGGUGAACAGUGGUGUUGUCGAAGGAAUGUGAACGUGCUGAAGUCAAUGGUCUAACAACUAAUGUCUAUAAAAUACCUGCCACAGUAGUAGGUUCUUUAGUGCAUGUCUUUCCCGUGCGUGUCCUGUAAUCAUGUGACCUCCCAGGAGAGCGCCCAACAAUAGUGUUGUUCCGAGGUGCUGUUUUUGCUACCACACCAAAUAAAAAUGUGUCUCAA